UCUGAAUUCGAAACUGUUAGAUUAAUAUUUUACCAUCUUUCGAACAAUGUAAAGGAGAGCUGAAAGGAAUAGCAUCAUGAUGUUGUUUGUCUGCCUUUGUGGAUAUCUUGUAUUUGAUUUUUCGUAUGUCGCUAGUGGUUUGCGACUACACACGAACCCCAAUGGAAAGGAAACGUCUGUGGCGGGAAAGGACGCAUCGCUCACUUGUUACUAUUCGCCAGCCCUAUCGUCUCCGGAUCAAUUUGACUCUCUCUUUUGGAAGUUUACGCCAAAGAAUGACCCAGCGAAUGAGGUCGAGUUGGCAUCCUAUAGAGUUUCUACGGGAAUAAGGUACAACAGCGGAUUGUCGUCGAAGCUGAGACUGAAUGCGAGCUGGCAGUAUGGAGGAUUACUAACGGUCACGAACACUACCUUGGACGAUCAAGGGGACUAUACUUGUCAGGUCGCAACAUUGAUGGGCUUUGAAGACAGCGUUAUAACACUUACAGUUUACGCCGUACCACGUUAUCUUCAAAUCUACGACGCAAGCCAUCAACUGAUCGACCACAACUCACCUUUGCAAAUAGCUUCAGGGGAGCCGUACACCAUCUUUUGCGCAGCCUUUCCAGCAUCCAGCCCGGCGGCUAACCUGAGCUGGCAACUUGACCCAACACUGAAAGUAGCCCGUAACCUGAUCUACGCCGCACCGGAGAAUGUAACAUCGUUAAUCAGGCCCUCAUCGUCGUCGUCGAGGGGAUGGGAAUUCUUCGCUACGGAAAGGCGACUUGUCCUGACGCCGAGGGAUGAAGACCACGGAGCGAUCAUCCGUUGCUCUUGCGAUCAUAUUGGGUUACGUGAGGAUUUAUCUGUCUCCAUCACACUGAGUGUGUUAGUUUCUCCGAGUUACAUCCGGGUCUACACCGGUGAUUUUCGGCCUUUGGCUGACACCGGAAGCUUGAACGUUUCACAGGACAGCCAGGUGUCCUUCGUCUGCAUGAGCACAAGGUCGAGGCCGGCAACCGUCCCACGAUGGUGGAUUGGCGAUGGCGAGAUUACAGACAAUGUGACGAGGACGGUAAUUCCGUACGACGAUCAAGAUCUCUAUGACGUAUCCAGUCGCCUGACCUUGGGAAAGGUUCUCCGACAAUAUCAUGGCAAAGCUAUUACCUGUUCGGCUUCCGCUUUGAAUCUUCGACCUGUGGAAACGAAUUUCACUUUGCUCGUUCUGGGCCCACCGGACCCUCCACAAAUAACAAACAUAUCAGUGGCCGUCACGGAGGGAAGAUCAAGUUCUUUAGAGUGCGUCGCCUUGCAUGGGUACCCUCCAGCAGACAUCGAAUGGCUCAUUGACGGAUAUUCUACCUCCGAAUUUGAUACUGUGAUUGUGAAACGAUGGCGAUAUGAUGUUGUAAGCCAUUUGACAAUUCACCCAAACCGAACUAUGAACGGGAAAGAAGUCACCUGCGUCGUCCGUUUUCCGUCAGUCCAACCAACGGAAAUGAACAGUUCGGUGUCUUUGAAUGUUUCAUUUUGUCCGUACAGCCUUUCCAUAUCAUGCCCACCCGUGACGGCUGGCCAACCCAGUGACAUCACUUGCAGAUCUGCACUGGGGAACCCCUCUCCCCGCUUAGUGUGGACGCUCGACGGACAGGGUAUCGAAGACCUUCAUGUCAAUCAGUCAGAGACAUUAAGUGGCAGUAACACCACAAUGGGGUUUUUCUCUUCGUCUCUAUUUUCGAGGGGUUUCGACGCCGAUGACCACGGGAAGCUCGUCCGGUGCUGUGCAGCGCGGAACGUGAUUUUGGGAUGCACUAACGAUGUCUGCGCGGAAUGUCCACUGAAUGUUUAUUGCAAACCGAAACUUCUCAAAUCUGGAAAUGACAUGAUAAUGUCGCAACAUGAGUACUACAUUACGCUUAGUUGCUCAGCCCGUGGGAAUCCACACCCCUCGAUAGAAUGGUACAGUCCAUGGAUGGUUCAAGAUUCGCCAAUCAACGCAUCUACACCUGGCGUCAUCUCACUGGUCGAUACCAUUAUUGACGGGGGUGGGUCUGAUCGGGUGACUGUGCAGAGUACGUUGGUGAUCGAAUCUUCGGCGGGAGUAGAUGCGAAAGUUCAAGGGGUCAGAUGCGAGGCUUCGAACUCCAUCGGCUCCACUUAUACAGUAUCCUUCUUUGGCAAUGCAUCUGAUAUCUCUUCAGUGUAUGACCCAAGGACUGGCCUUUUGACGGUGCGUUAUGAUCGUGAUUUCAUGCCGGCACUGGCCGCUACCAUACCGUGCGUUCACGUGGAUUACAAGCUCGUAAAUACCCAAGCGUGGAAGUUGGGCGCCACUUGCUUCAGACUGCAAACCAAUGAGACAGUAGUCCAGGUCCAAAGUGGGCUAGAGAACACUGAGCUCGGGCUGAGGGUGUGCUUCUACGAGGAGUUCUGUAGCAGUCAGCUGCCACCUCGACCAUCUUUUCAGAAAGCAACAGGACCAAUCAACAUUCUCCUGAUUCCAAUAUUGGUCGGUGCAGCAAUCGGCGGGAUUCUCUGUUUCUCAGGGGGAUUCAUCAUUUGUCGCAAAAGAAGCAAGAAAGGACGUACUAGGUCGAUUCAACCUGAUCGAGGGGACUCCAGAAGGAUCCAGAAUUCCUUCAGACGUAGGCCAACAGAACAGAGUCUUCAUGCAGGAGAUGGAGUAGCCGCCAUCAGUUCUCCUAUCCAGAUACAACGGGGUGCUAUGAACCAUUACAUGGACAUGGGAUCUUCAGCUUUACAAGGAGCUGCGUCUUCACCGCAGACCCUCCAGCUUAGCCCGUUCACAGACCCAUGUGAUCUCUUUGCGUAUGAGGACAUGAGAGUGGACGGACUACAACCUUCCAGUCCCGGUUUUGCCCAUUACGCUGUGGGCAGCCAAUCAGUGGACACUGUGUAUACCAACUUGCUCACCUCUACACCUUUGAAGAGAGCCGACUCCGGGAUCUGCUGCACCUAUUCCGUAUCGCCACCCAAGCCGCAUUCGUCCAGUUCUGAAACCGAUCCGUCCCAUGCGCAGAACACGUACGAAUCCACCAUCUUCACCGCGCCCGCCCUUAAACUGAAGAUGCCCCCUUCUGGAAAAGAACGCAUGGAUACCUACGCCCCAAUGACUCCUUCGGAUGGCUUCAAACUGUCUCCUUUACCAGGUACCGUAGCCGCUUCCGAGUGGAGUUUCGUCCCUACCGGAGCGACUCCGAUCGGGGGAAGGUCGCCAGCUUCUCCGGAUGGAACACUCUAUGUUAAUACCAAGCGUAAUUAAAUUUGCUGAAUUUGGAAGCAUGCAUGGUCGCUGAAUCCCUAUAGUGGUGCGUUGGUAUUGUUUGAAGAUUUAUAAAGGAUGACAGGUUCAAAUCCAUUCUAUUUAUGUUUGAGGCUUAAUAGAAUUAGAUACAGUUGAAUAAUCUUUCACAGAAAGCAUGUCAUGUCCAAAGUAGUAGAGAUAAUUGGAUACACGUGUAAUUAAUCAUAGCAAGUGUCUGUUUUGAUACACUGAUAUUUGGCAGGUUCGACAAAGUGUGUAAAUAAAUACUUUAAACCUUUUUUAAUAUGUUCCGCAACAUGCUCAUUUAGAUGCCAUGUCACGUGGAUAGCUGUGCAGAUAGUUGUUUUAUGAAAGGUAAUUUCACGUCAUAGAUUUCUUAUUAUACGAAAUUUUCAGCAUUAUGAUUGUUUAAUCAUUCUCUAUACAGGUAUAUUCAAAUCACUUUUUCUAAAAUGGAUUUGACCUUUAAUCAUCUGUAUGUUGUUGUAUAAAACUUCAUACAUUAGAUAAUUGAAGAUGAAUAGAUUCCUGUUCGUGUAUAUAAUCUUUUUGAUAAAAAUCAGAAUAUUUCAAAUUUAAAUGUUAAGAUAAAUAUUAAGAUCAAAGGCGCAACUUUUUUUCCACACACCGUGUAUAUGAUCUAUUAUGGUGCAGUAGAGCCUAUUACUAUAAUGUUCUUUUCAUGUACUUUCAUAGAAUGUCCACUUGUUUUUGGAAUUUUAUAUUUAUUCAUUGUGCAAUGUCAAAAUAUAUUUUCGGCAAAUUCGUCCUCUCACGACUGUCUUAAUACAAAAUAAAACAUUUCCAAUUUCUAGGUUUACGAGUUAUCGAAAUUGCUGUAGUGCAUAAAAAGAAUGAUAUUACAAUAAUAUGUUGAAUAUUGCAAUGCACUUUUUCUCUGUCACAUUUUACAUGAUUUGAGUUGGACCCGAUACUUGUACUUAGUCUAUAGUUCUCAAAGUAGAUGUUAUAGAAAUGCUGGAGCCAUGUCAGUAGAGCACCCACCUUUAAAAUUACUAGAGGGUCUUACGUUCGGCAUUCACUAAGUACUGCCGUGCUAUGGUAAAAGGAAGCAAGUUACAAAAGUGAAAUUUGUUCGUAAAUGACCAACGUGUGUUCGUCGUCAUAUACAUUUGGGCGUCAAUUCAACUUAACAGCAUAAUUCCUCAUUAUCUUUCCAUAGAACGAUAAUUUCUUCCCCAAAUUUUGCCUGAACGUGCAGAAACAAUAACUCAAUGUACUCAAUUUGACUGAUGCGUCACUUGCUUCCUUUUGCUAAAGUUGGGCCAUGUAGGCAUAACCCUCGCGAGCACAGUAUCUCAUCACCAUGGUUAUACUUUACAUAGAUUGUGUUUGCCCAUUUACAUUGACGACAUCACGCCGCCAUCUUAGAUGAUAAAGUCUUUGCUUUCCAUACGUGAGACUUGAUGCGAUAAUUCCUCUUGCAGCUCCAAAAAGCUAAGCUUGAAUGAACAAGCUGGCGCAUCUCUGAUAUGCCUUCAUGUCCUCCGAGGGAGGGCGCUAUGAUAUUUUGACGUCAUACACAUGCGAUCUAUACCAAGUUUUAAUAGUAAUGUUCUAUAAUGAUGUUCUAUGGUGCAUUUAGAUUUGAUUAAUUUUAAACCACGAUGAGUUUAGGAUUUCCGAGAAAUGCUGAAGUCAUGUGAUGUGAUCCCUGGAGACGGGAGAUGUGUCCCCCUUCGUGUGCUAUUUUGUAUUUAUUCUAUUCUUUUUGUAUUUAUUCUAUUCUUUUUGCAUAACAGCAUAUGGCAGAGGGUCAUACCUAAGAGGGACUAAAAUCUCAUGAAAUCGCGGCGCAAGAUAACACUUAUCAGUAACAUGUCUUGAGAAAUCUGUUUGAUACUACAUCCAGUAAUGAACAUUUAAAGGGAGAUAAUCAUAAUUUAACACGUUCAAGAGUAUGAUUAUGCAUUUUACAAUUUGCUCUACUCUGCCUCGAAGAACUUUCAGCCUAAUUCACCACUCCAGUAUAAUGAUGACAAUAAUAAUAAUGGAUAUUUAGAGGUGCUUAAAACAAAAAGUACCAUAAUUUAUCGAUAAUAAUUUAACAUUUGCAACAAUUACUACAAUAUUCGAGAAAAAAGGUAUAAGGUAGGAAAUCGGAAAUGGAUUAUCAGAUCACUGUUUUUUUACCCUAUAACCUGAUAACCGACUCCUGGUUGAAACUU